AUGAAGCUCACUGGUGCUCUCGUGUUGCUUGGGGCUGCCCUGCUCCUGACCUCUGGGGGAAAUUGUGGCAUUUGCCCUGCUUUGAAGGAGGACUUUGCUCUUUUUCUUGGCCCAUCUGUGCCUGACUAUGUGGAUUUUGUGAGCCAGUACAGGAAUGAAUCUGCUGUGUUGAAAAAUGCUGAAAAUCUGAAGAUAUGUGCUGAUAACAAGCUCACAGAGGAAGACAAGGCGAAUGUAAAGAGUUUGUUGAGGAAAGUAGAAGCUAACCCACUCUGUUGA